AGAGCAGGGAACGGCCGCGGGGCGAGGUGCGUCGGUCGCAACCCCGCUGCCUCUCGCUGUGCUGCCGCUGCCGCCGCUCUGCCCGUGCCGCGCUCAGCCCCGCCGCCCAGCAGCAGCCAGGCGUCCGCUGCCCGGUCGGGAAUUGUUCUGCCUUCCCUCCAGGUGGCUGAUUACCGUUGUUUCAGGGCUGGUGUUCUUCGUCUCACCACAGGAACGCUGUAUCAUCUUGGAGAAUGGAAUUUGUGUGGAAGAGAAGGUGGUAUCUUCAGUUGGGCUGUGUACUGAUACUGAAUCUGGUUUAUGCCAAUCUAGACUAUUUGAAAGAAGCACCUGCAAGCCUGGGUCAGAUUGACCACCAGUGCUGGGAGGUGUCGUCCCACGGGCUGGUGGAAAUGAAGAAACUCAAGGUAGCAGAUCCGGUCAUUGCUCUCUGGGACUUCAUGUUAUUCCUAAAGGAAUCCCCCAAGCCAAAGCACAAUGAACUUUUCAAUGAUUUGGCCCAGAACUUUUGGGAUAUGUAUGUAGACUGCGUGCUCUCCAGAUCCCAUGGAAUGGGCAGAAGACAAUUAAUAUCUCCCAGAUAUUCUUCCACAUACUCACAUAGAACUUUACAAGGUAACUAUAGGAUAUGAUAUUGGUCUGUCUAUGUACUACUAUUAAAUCAAACCACUGUCUCAUCCUCAUCCUUGGUUGUUCCGACAGUACAAUAUAUUAAUUUCCAGUUUUCUGUCUCUGCAUGUCAAAUGUAUUUGCAUCCUUCAGCAGUAGCUACUUUCACAAUAUACAAGUCAAAAGUUGUUAGAGCACUACAUUUCUGUAUGAGGUGUAAAUAAUGACAGGUAUAUAUGUGGGAUGGUGUAUAAAUAGAUGCUGCAGGCUCUGUUUAUCACCAUGUGCAUAUGAAUGAUGUUACAAUACUAAAAGUUUUCUAGCCUUUAGACUUCAGUCUCACCUCCAGGGAAUCAUCCCUCUGUGAGAAGGGAAGCACAAAGCCCCAGCAAUUUGAACCCUGCUCUUAUUGAAACUGUAGCCAUGUAACGUGAGCUCGUGGUCACUGAAUCACCAAAGCAAUAGAUUCCAGUCAUCCUGGUUUGGGAUGAAUCUGAAUUGAGAUCACACAGGUGACUGCAUUAGAUCUUAUUAUCCAGCCCUAGAUCUAUUAGCUUCCUUCUUCCUCUGCAACAAACAUAUUUUCUUUUCUUUCCUGAUUAACCAGUCAAAUGCUUUAGGUUUCCAAACUGAAAUGGAGAUCAUUUAAUCCUAGCACUCCAAGCCACAAUGCUUGGAAAAUAACUGCCUUUCUCUCAUAAUCUUACAGGGUCUGCUUUCACCAACCCAUUUUAGGUCAAAAGGGGAGGACAUGAAGAUACCUCAGCAAAGCAAUGUCAAAAUGAAAGAGGACAAAAGCACAGCAUUUACUGUAGAUGCUCAGACAAAUCAAUUGGUGUGAUUCAACU